CGCGUCGCGAUGUUCGGCAAAAAGGUCCGCACGCCCGAAGAGCUCGUCACGAAGUCGCACGCCGCCCUCGAGCGCCUGCGCGUCGAUCGCACGAGCGCCAAGGAUGUGGAGAGCGUGAGCAAGUACUUUGGAGAGAUGCGAGCGCUGUUGCUGAGCGGCGAUGCGUCGGCGCAGCAAGCGUGCGAGACGCUCGUGGUGAAGGCGAAUGCGUGCGGACUGGUGGCGCAGAUCGUCUCGCACCUGCCGCAUCUGCCGUUCGAGACGAGGAAGGACGCGGCGACGGUUUUUAAUUGCAUCGUGCGCACGUCGGUGCGGGGACACGACGUCGUGGUGGAGGAUCUGAGCGAGAACCCGGAGGUUUUGGAGGCGAUCGCGCGAGGGUACGAAAACUCGGACGUGGCGUUGACGUUCGGGGCGAUGCUGAGGGAUAUGUGUAGGAACGAGACGCUGGUGCGAAAGAUUUUGUACGGGGAAAACUUUUGGAAAAUGUUCGAGUACAUGCAGUUGGAAACGUUUGAAAUCGCGAGCGAUGCGAUGGCGACGUUUCGAGAGGCGUUGACGAGACAUAAAGACGUGGCGGCGGAGUUCUUGAACGCGAAUUACGAGAGGUUCGUCAAGGCGUACACGGAUCUUUUGGAAAAGGGUAACUACGUCACUCGCCGACAGGCGCUCAAACUGCUCGGCGAACUCUUGCUCGACAGCGCGAACGUGACCGUGAUGCUGAAAUACGUCGCGGAAGUUGAAAACCUGUGCUUAAUGAUGAAUUUGAUGCGAGAUGAAUCGAAAUCGAUUCAGUUUGAAGCGUUUCACAUCUUCAAGGUGUUUGUCGCAAAUCCCGACAAACCCGCGUCGGUGGCGAUGAUUUUGUCCAAGAACAAAGCCAAGCUCAUCACCUACCUCGAAGAUUUCCAAACCACGCGCGAAGACGAGUCGUUUCAAUCUGAGCGAUCCAUGCUCUUGAGCUUGCUAGCGGAACUCCCGGAUCCAGAGUAGAUAGAUGAUUGUAAAACCAGCGUCGUCGUUGCGACUA